UCUGGUGUCCGGUAAGUCAGCUUGGAUUGUGCCUGGUUUAAAUACUGUGGCUGCUUUGUUUUUAAACAGUUCCGGAUUCGUGUUUCCAUUUAUGUCACAGGUGAUUGCAAACCAGUCAAAUGGAACACAUUCAACUUCAGCUUCAUGAAAUUGAGUUGCUGCAAUGCAUGUACCCAUCUAAAGAUGAAUUUAAGAUUCAAGAUGUAACAGUGCUUGCAGAUAUGUACCAGUACGUAAAUGGUGAAAUUGACACCCCUCCUGGAAACUUGGCAUUUACGGUGCAGUUUGUUUUAGAAAGGGAAUGUGGUGGCAAUUUGGUCUUUCAUGUAGAUGCCUUUUUCCCCUUAGAUUAUCCAAAAUGCCAUCCAGUUCUGUCUGUAAAAUGUGGGCAGCUAUUAAGAGACCAAAAUAAAGAGCUAAACAGAGACUUAAGAGAAUAUGUUUGCACUCUGGAAAAUGGGGAGAUUUGCAUGAUAAAUGUUCUACAAUGGUUUCAGGACUAUGGCCUUAAAUAUACACAGAAAACAGAAUACACUAAUAUGGAUGAAACAACUGCCAAGGAGAAAAUAAAUGCUGCCAAGUACAUAUUCUCAAGAUACCUAAUUCACAGCCACCACAUAUAUGGCAAAGACAAGCGCCGUAACAUUUUAGAGUGGGCAGGAGAAUUGUCUCUUAGUGGCUUCUGCCUUCCAGGGAAACCGGGCUGUAUCUGUGUCGAGGGUCAGAGAGCUGACUGUGAAGAAUUCUGGUCAAGGACGAGACUGCUAAACUGGCGCAAAAUUACUCUCCGUCAUCAAGAAGAAUUCCAGGUGGAAGGUGAAGCAGAAAUAGAAAAGCUACGAUGCUUUUCAAAGUUUGAAGAAAUUAACUUUGAUCCUCACACCUGCCAUGGUGGAAGAGAAAAUAUCAUGAACAAAGGGACAUUUUACCAGUUUCUGGUAGCCCACACAUGCCAACAUAUAUUUUCUUACUUUUUCAAUAUUGAAGGCCAAAUUUCCAAGCAGCAGAUUUAAGAAAGCUUAAGAAAGCUUGAGAAGACUUGAAAAUACACACACACGUUAAUAACAAAUUGUGAUAAUUUCCUUUAUUCUACAAAUAAUACAUUUUGCACCUUUUAUGAGCUAUCAAAAUAAAACAAUAAUCCCAUAGUAAUUACAUACACUAAGAAAAUGACAAUAAAGGAGAAUACAACAUUUUACCAAAUGUUCAAUACUAUUUGAAUAUAAAUGGUUCAGAGAUGUAUAUUAUAAAUCCCCAAUGCGUUGUGGCAAUACAUCAUAAUAAUAUACAGGAUUGCAAAUAAAAUUACAUUAUGAAGAUUCAAGUUGAACCAGCAUUAUACACUUCAAACAUCACGUUAUGUGGACUGCAUUGUACAUGCAAUAUAUCUAUUGAUCUAUAUUUAUGGAAUAAGUAGUGUGAAUAUUGUAUCUACUGCACUAAUUACCUACUACAGGAAUACAUCUGAAUAUUGAUAACCUGAUCAACUGCAGGCUCCAUGUGAUAAGCCACUGAUUAUCCAUUUAUAGAAUCAAUGAGUUAAAUUUACAGGGCAAGAUCCUAGACUUUUAAAAGAAUGACUAAAUAGAGUAUUAAGAAAAAAAAAACUGCACAUUUUAUGUGAUAGUCAAGCAACAUAUUGAUAUGAUUUUAAAAGACAGGUUUAUAUUGUAUACCCACUCAAGUAUUUUGCUUUUGAAUAGCGUCAAAAAAAUAAAAUAAAAAAAACAACAA